UCGAAGCUCACUCGAGCUAAUUUGUAUUUUGCUACAAUUUAAAUAUUUCUACGAAAAGUAUGUUAUUAAAUGUUUUAUUUAACAUAAAAGUAGAAAAUCGAUAAGAUAUUAUUUUGUGUUUAUUUAAAAUUGCAAUAUGGAGGCUCCUUCAAUUGAUACAGUUUAUCAGGCCAUAAGCGCCUUAUAUGAUAACCCUAAUGUUAAUGAAAAAGAAAAGGCUUCGAUAUGGCUCGGAGAUGUACAAAAAUCGAUACAUUCUUGGAAAGUAGCCGACGAACUGUUGCACCAGAAAAAAAAUUUUCAAGCUUGUUACUUUGCAGCGCAAACAAUGAGAUCAAAGGUUCAACACAAUUUAUCUGAACUACCCGAUGAUGCUGUAAUUUCUCUCCGGGACUCUCUUAUAUUGCACUUAGAAUCGGUAUCUCCAGAUGUCAACUCAGCAAUUCUUACUCAACUAUCUUUAGCCUUAGCUGAUCUAGCUUUACAGAUGCCCACUUGGCAAAACUGUGUUAGUGACCUUAUAAAAAUAUUUUCUAAUAAAAAUAAUUUUGCUCUGCUUGAAAUAUUGACAGUGCUACCUCAAGAAAUAGACUCAUCAAGUCUAAAAUUAGGUGACAAUCGUCGUGAGCAGAUAAAAUUAGAUCUAAGAGGAAACUCUCCCAUUGUAGUCAUAUUUCUUAAGGAUUGUAUAAAUAGUUCACAGACUUCUAACAUAGCGUUGAAAAUAAUAAGGUGCAUGACAUCUUGGACCCAAGUGAAAGCCAUAAAUCUUCAGGAAUUAGCUCAGAACCCUGUAGUUGGUUUAUGUGUGCAAGUUUUAAGGGAUUAUAAUACAAACAAUUCGUUACAUGAGGCAGCAACAGACUGUAUGUGCGCUAUACUAGACUGUUUAGAGCAAAACAACAAUGGAGAUGAGGUUGAAAGAAUGUUAUUUGACAGUUUGUCAGCUUUAGAAGAAAGCUAUCACUUAGCAGUAGCUCACGAAGAAGAGGAAAAAGCUGCAAACUUAGCUAGACUAUUUACAGAACUGGGAGAAACAUUUUUAGAGAGAAUAAUAAUCAGUACAGCAAAUGGACAAGGUCAUUUUGCAAUGCGGUCUCUGGAACUUGCUUUAGUAUGUGUUGGACAUCAUGAUUAUGAAAUAGCUGAAAUCACAUUCAAUCUGUGGUAUAGAUUAUCAGAGGAAGUGUACCAACGGGAUUACCAACAGUUAACAGAUGCUUUUAAGCCUCAUAUCGAAAGAUUAAUAGAAGCCUUAGCACGACACUGUCAGUGUGAACCAGAUGACCAGAGCUUGCCUGAAGAAGGGGAUGAAUUCUAUGAUUUCCGAGUGAAGGUAUAUGAGCUCAUAAAGGAUGUGGUUUUCAUAGUUGGAUCUAGUUCUGUUUUCCGAAAGAUGUUCUCAGUUCUACAAGCUAACUUGCCUUGGGAGCAAACAGAAGCUGCACUAUUUAUUAUGCAAGCAGUAGCUAAAAAUAUUCUUCCCAGAGAAGAAUAUGACUUUGUCCCUAAAGUCAUAGAAGCAAUUUUGUCUAUGCCUGAGGACAGCCAUUUAGCUGUGAUGAAUACUUGUAUCCAGCUUCUUGGGGAGUUGUGUGACUGGAUUGAGAAGCACCCACAAUGCCUGGAGCCAUGUCUCCGGUUUUUAGUCAGAUCUCUGGUGCAACCUAAAUUGGCUAACGCUGCUGCUGUUGCUCUACAGAACAUCUGCAAAGCGUGUCGUAGUGAGGCGUCGUGUCACGCAGCAUUAGUCGUGGAAGCAGCUCGAGCAGCAGACCAACUAGCUCUUCCCAUUCACACGGCUUCUACACUCAUGAGAGCCCUCGCUGCUGCCAUCUCCCGAUUACCACAUGAUCAGCUAUGUUCAGCGAUGCGCGAGUCAGUAGGAGUGCAGUUGGCAGGGCUGUCGGCCCUAUUGGAGAGUAACACGGAACUACGCAAGGGGUCCCCUACUGAUCCCGUCCUGUGGCUCGACCGGGUGGCAGCCCUGUUCCGCGAUGUGGACGUGGCACCACCUUCUGACCCCUCAAAGGGCCACCCUUGUAUGCCGGCCUUUAAGGACGCCUGGCCUGUGUUACAUAGAACAAUGCAGAAAUACGUACGCGAAGGGCGUGUAAUGGAACGUGUGUGCCGUUGCGUACGUUUCUGCGUAAGAGGCACGGGACGUGACGCAGCAGAACUGCUUCCCGCUCUCGCUACUUCUCUUCCCCCCCUUUACGCGAUCUACCAGCACUCCUGUCUUCUCUACCUGACUGGAGUACUGGCAGAUGCCUUAGGAGGACCAUUGAGUGCCCCGCCUUUAGCCCAUCUCCUUCAUGCUCUUUUGCCCCCAGCGUUAGAACUCCUAGGUAAACCUGACGGGCUCAAGGACAACCCGGAUACAGUUGAUGACUUGUAUCGGCUUUGUGUGAGGUACCUCCAGCGGAUUCCUCUCCAAUUCGUGGAGUCGGGAUGCUGCACGGCAGUUGUUUCUUGCGGGGUGAAAGCUGCGCGUCUCGAUCAUCGCGACGCAAGCUGUUCUCUCAUGAGCUUCCUCUACGAUCUGCUGAGGCUUGCGCAUGAGUCGGAUCCCGCUACUCCUCUAGGAUCACAAAUCAAUGCAAUAGUGUCAGACUAUGGUGAGGCGCUGACGUACGCAUUAUUGGAAGCUUCUGCGUUGUAUUUACACGCGUACAUGCUUAGUGAGGUGGGCAAAGUUCUAUUAGAACUCGUGGAUUGGCAACGGCGUCAUGGAGUUGAUUGGGUCGCGGCCGCACUACCGAGGUUACCGAGGGGACGCGCUCACGCCACGGAACAACAGUGCUGGCAGUUCCACCAAUAUGCCGUCAAAGCGGUAAAGUGUAAAGAAGCAACUCGACUUCUGCGUGACUUCGCUCGGCUUUAUCGAUAACUCAAGACUGAUCCUAAUAUCUGAUCCAUGGUCAGUGGAAGUAAACACUAUAAGAAUGUUUUGUAGCUUACAAAACAGUAUAUGAAAAUAUAUCAUGUUAUUAUAGUUCGAACAACUAAUCAUUAAAAAACAUUACAUCAUUUGAUUGUAAUAUUUCUCCAGAACAUUUAGGUAAGCAUUGCUCUUCACUGACUCAGAAUUGUGGAUUAAGUGGGGAUAACAAAAAUGCAUAUUAUCAUAAUAUGUGAAAUUACAAGAUUUAUUUGAAAAUCAGUUGUACAUUGAAAUCAGAAAGCAAGUCAUACUUUAUGUAAAUUUAUUGUGUUUCUCCUUGAUUUCAUUUUGACAUACAGAACAGGUAGGUAAGUAAAGAUAUGUUUAAUUGAUAGAAUAUAUUUUGUUACAAACGUACAUGCUCUUUUUCAUUGUGAUAAACACCAUAAUAUUUUUAAAUGUAAAUAUUUAUUAAAUUUAAUUUUUAUCAUGAUUCGUUAUUUAUUCAAUUUAAUAUAUUUUUUAAAUUCAAUCGGAUCUAUGGUAAACUUAUUUGUCUUGGCUGAAUGUUUUAAGUGACUACAUCCAUGCAAGCGAAAUGCUUCCUGAAGUAUGUAUCUUUCAAAGAGUACAAAUUCAAACCACGAAAGUACCCUCAAUUAAUAAAUAAUAUACAGAAUGUGUUACUGACAAACAGUUUUAUAGGUAGUACUUGAUACAGUACUGUGCAUAACUUUUAGUCCUAUCCAAACACGAGUUGUAUAUUGUCCUUGAUUGUACCAACACAAGCAGCUGUAAUGUACUUUAGAUAGAACUAGAUUUUUUGCGAUACGUGAACAAAUCCAGGUUUUCUCUUAGUAGUAAUUCAAAAGAUUAAACCUUCAAAUAUCUGUCAAUCGAAAUUUAUUAUUUUCCUACGCACCAUACAUUACACACUUUCCACUUUAUUCAUGCAUGGUAAUCUCAAAAACGAUUUAUUCUGAUUUUAGGGUAAUCUCAAGUACUAAGUUCCCAUGAAAUUUGUGGACAAACUUACUAACAAAUCAAACAUGGAAACCCUAAAUAUAUCACACUUCAUAUCCAAUUCAA